GGGGGAGGCCGGGGGAGGUGGGAGGGGACGUGGGAAGGACUUCGGUUUCCACUACAAAUCUGGUGACAGACCCGCCGCCGGCACAUGGCGAUCGGCAGUUGCAGAUCGAAGUAUCAUGGACAGAAAACAGUUUGGAUGAUGUGUUUUGCCAGCAUGUCUCUGCAAUUUCAGUUUUAACAAUGGAUAAGUGUAAGCACGUAGGACGUCUGCGACUGGCCCAAGAUCACUCCAUUCUCAAUCCCCAGAAAUGGCAUUGCAUGGACUGCAAUACUACGGAGUCUGUGUGGGCGUGCCUCAGCUGCUCACACGUGGCAUGUGGAAGAUACAUCGAAGAACAUGCACUAAAGCACUUUCAGGAGAGCAGGCACCCGGUGGCAUUGGAAGUAAACGAUCUGUAUGUCUUCUGUUAUCUCUGCGACGAUUAUGUUCUCAAUGAUAAUGCGACUGGUGAUUUAAAGCUGUUGCGGAGUACGUUAAGUGCAAUCAAGAGUCAAAACUAUGAGUGCACUACUCGGAGCGGGAGGACUUUGCGUUCCACGGGCACAAGCGAUGAUUCCUACCUUUCACAUGGAGGUGCCCAAGCCACGCUUCGGAAUGAAGAUCGAAUGUUCACAGCUCUCUGGCACCGACGACGUGCGUUCCUUGGCAAAAUAUUCAGAUCGUGGCUUGAGUUAACACCUACUGGAAAAAGGAUUUUGGAAGAAGAAAGACGUCGGGAAGAAGCAGAGGAGAAAAAGGACAUAGCUAGGAAGAGAAGACAAGAACGAAAGCGUGAGUUGAAAGCAGAGAUGGAAAAGAUGCCUCCAAGAAAGAGCAGUCGUUUACAAAAUCAGAUUAGACUGUCCUCAAAAACAGAUGCCUGUCCAUCACAGAACAUGGAAUCUGUGACAGAGUUGAAAGAGACAUAUACCUCAGAUGAAUUGAGAUUGAAAAAAAUAAGUGACUCUCCAAUUAAACGAAGGCCCACAGUGACUCCUGGGGUAACAGGACUGAGAAACCUGGGAAAUACAUGCUAUAUGAAUUCUGUCCUGCAGGUAUUAAGUCACUUACUUAUUUUUCGAGAGUGCUUUUUAAAGCUUGAUCUCAACCAAACUCAGGAACUGCUGGCAACAGCAUCCAAUGGUAAAACAAGAUCUUCGUCUAAACACCCGUCAAUAGCUGCCUCAACAUUACAUGUGAAUGACAACCAAGAGAAAGUAAAGGGAUCUUAUUCUGUGAGGCGGCCUAGUUUGUCCUCCGGAUUAAGUGGAGGAGCAUCAAAAAGUAUGGAACUCAUUCAGCCCAGGGAGCCCAGUUCAAAGCAUAUUUCUCUCUGUCACGAGCUGCAUACUCUGUUCCAGGUUAUGUGGUCUGGCAAAUGGGCGCUGGUGUCUCCUUUUGCCAUGCUUCAUUCUGUGUGGAGACUAAUUCCAGCCUUCAGAGGAUAUGCCCAACAAGAUGCUCAGGAAUUUCUCUGUGAACUUUUGGAUAAAGUACAGCAGGAACUGGAGACUACGGGGACCAGAUACCCAGCUCUUAUCCCUGCUUCUCAAAGAAAACUUAUAAAACAGGUUUUGAAUGUGGUUAACAACAUUUUUCAUGGACAGCUAUUGAGUCAGGUAUGUUUUAUGAUUUUUUUAAGGUGUGUAAUGAUUUGUGGUUCUGGGUUUAUACUAGUCAGUCAGUGAUGAACAUACUUCAAAGGAUCAUAC